ACUUUGAUCCAUACUUUGGUUGCUAAUUUCAUAAAAAGUUCUCCAGGUACCAAAUAAUUCUUGCUAUUAUAUGGAUCCUGAUGUCAGCAUCCACUGGAAACUUGAUGAUGCUUAUUCAAGGUUUCUGACUAGAAUAAUUGAGCUUUUGUUUGUACCAAAUGCUUGGACACAAUUUGAGAUGCUUAUUUGAUUACAGCUUCCAUUAUGCUUGAUUUGUUUUGUGAAGGGCUAAACCUUGGAACUGCGUAUUACUACUUCUGGAAGUGAAAGGACACUGAUUUCACUUUGAAAACUGUGAAUGAAAUAAAGUCAAGCAUAGCAUCUUGUUUUCUUUUCCUUUGUGAUCCCCAAAUUAUUUUUUAAUGCUCUUUUGAUUCCAUGGUAGGCCGAAAGGCCAUGUUGGUGGGGAUUGGGGAUAAUAAUAGAAAAAUAGUUUCUUUAUCAAUAAUUAUUCUCCCAAACAUAUUUUGCCGAUAUUUUAUUAAAAGAGAUUUGAUUUUUAAAUAGCCAUUGAAUGUUUCUGUUGACUUGUCUUAUUAGAUGUUUAAUAUGAAGGACUAUUAUUAUCCCAAGUGGCAGUGAGGACAACCAUAUUCCGGAUUAGAUUAUGCCAAUACUGGUUGCCAAACACGCUGCUUCUUCUAGGUGAUGACUUAUCAUUAUCCUGAAGCAAUUUCAUGUGGUAGUGUAAUUAGCAGCUUCCAGAUGCUUUCCCUUCAGUCUUUCUUCAAUCAAAACCAGAGGCCGCCAUUUAUAGCCACCAAGAAAUGCUCUGAUGGUGUUUUGAAGAUAAGGAAAUUUCACCCAUUUCAUUAUUCUGCUUCUCAUUUUUCCAUUUUGUGUGCAAGGGAGUCAGAUUCUCAACAGUUUGAGGUUGACCCAGAUAAGGCUAGGCAAGCCCUUCAAGAGCUUGAUCAACAGCUUCAAUCUUUCUCCAAGAAACAAGUCUCUUCUCCCAAGAAGAAAGUUGUUCAAGAUAUGAAUCUUCCAAGAAGCCAAAUGAGAGGAGAAAUGACAGAGAUUCCAGGGACUCUUUUAGCAAAUUCAGCUGUUGUCCUCUUCAUCUUCUCCAUUUUCUACAAUGUGCUGUUUUAUACUGUCAUAAAGCCUUCCAUUGAUGGUCCAUUACCAAGUUCUAUCAGUUCUGACUUUGAAAAAGAAUCCACUCAGCCAUCAGUUCUACAGCAGCUUCCACUUUCAUCUAUGUCCAUAUCCCCCUCACUUCUUAGUUAAAAUAUUUAAUUAUGAUAUUACAGAACUUCAACUAUGGUUAUCUAAAUUGUAUACAUCAAGAAAAAGUGAUCGAGAUUACUUUGUUUACAGAGUAUUAUAUUGAUGGUAUGCCAAAGAAAGCAUAGCUUGUCGACUUA